UCGCGUCACAGUGACGGCCACCGUGUCCUGGGGAACCGUCUGAGCGGCUUGAGAAAGCAGAGGCCCACUGCGGCAGUGCCUCACGUUGGGCGACGGCCCCCCACUCACGGCGAUUGUCGCCACGGUCCCGCGAUUUCCGGAGUCUGGCUGGACAAACCAGGCGGAGAAAACGUCCAGCGGAGCUUCAGGGAUGCCCAGGGCGAUGGAUCCCCAAGGAUCCCCCAGAUGCUUCAGGCCCGCCCAGACGGUGUUGGGGUGCGUCUCCUUGAAAGCUGUCCCUACUGGGAUUUGCAGCUCCAGCCCCAGACCCUACAGUCACUGCGAUGUUGAUGCCUAAGAAGAACCGGAUUGCCAUUUAUGAGCUCCUUUUUAAGGAGGGAGUCAUGGUGGCCAAGAAGGAUGUCCACAUGCCUAAGUACCCAGAGCUGGCAGACAAGAACGUGCCCAAUCUUCAUGUCAUGAAGGCCAUGCAGUCUCUCAAAUCCAGAGGCUAUGUGAAGGAACAGUUUACCUGGAGACAUUUCUACUGGUACCUUACCAAUGAGGGUAUCCAGUAUCUCCAUGAUUACCUCCAUCUGCCCCCAGAGAUCGUGCCUGCCACCCUAUGCUGCAGCCAUCCAGAGACAGGGAGGCCUCGGCCAAAAGGUCUGGAAGGUGAGGGACCUGCAAGACUCACAAGAGGGGAAGCUGACAGAGAUACCUACAGACGGAGUGCUGUGCCACCUGGUGCCAACCAGAAAGCCGAGGCGGGGGCUGGGUCAGCAACCGAAUUCCAGUUUAGAGGCAGAUUUGGUCAUAGACGUGGUCAGCCAUCUCAGUAAAAUUGGAGAGGAUUAUUUUGCAUUGAAUAAACACAGCUAAAAAAAUAAAAUAGAAAGAAAGAAAACUAGUAACUUUCUAUAACAUUCAUACAAAGAGGAGACACAGGGUCUUACUCAUUUUUCUAAGCCUAAAUACGAGAGUCAAUAUCUCUUCCACUGGCUGGUUCAACUCACAAGGAAUGCUAAUCAUUAUUGAACCUGUGAGCUGAACCAAGGUAUAUGUUACAAUGGCACCUCUUAGUAGGGAGCAAGCAGGAAAGACACAUCACCUAGGUGCUAGGCCAUGGAUAUGUCACAGUCUUUUCAGAAAGCAGAGACCAGGCUGGAGAGUCACAUCAUUAGCAUGCUUAGCCAAGAAUAUUUUAAAAUCUCCUCCUGAAAGCCAUGUAACAGGAACAAAAUCACCUCAUCUGGGUGCUGGGCCCAGCAGUAUGUCACAAUGCUCUCUGUGGGAAAAUCCCACGCAGGAGAGACACAUCAAUUGGUUCAUGGGUGCAGAAAUAAGUCACAAUUUGUCUUGUUGGCAACAUUCAGGCAGAAAAAGAGUCACAAUUCUGAGGUGAUGGCUGCAGACAUACGUCACAGGCUCUCACUGCAGGCAGGGCUCAGGCAGGAGCCUCACAUCCCCUAGGUUCUGGGCCUAGUGAUGUGUCCUGGUACCCAAAAUAUGUGGGGCAAAGCAAAAAGAGGAGAGUUUCAUCAUCUAGAAUCAGAGACCAGGGACAUGUCACAUUUCUUUUUUCUGGCAGUGCCCUGAUGAAAGAGAAGAGUCCCAUCACCGUGUUUCUGGGUACAGCAAUACAUCACAAUCCCUUCUUGGUCAGAGCCCAAGUGGUAGAAGAAAGUCAGAUCACUUAGGUCCUGGGUUCAGAAAUAUGUCAGGAUACCUAGGAGGAGAGGGCACAGGAAAGAGAGUCAAAAGAAAUAUGUCACAAUCACACCUGCAGAAACAUCCAGGGAUGGAAAUAACCAUCAUCCCCAUGUCCCAGUUCUAGGUAUGAGUCAAUACAUUCUGUAUGUUGGGUCUCAGCACAUGAGUACAAUCUCAACAAGGGACAGGAUCCUUACAUGACAGCCACAAUCCCUCCUCUGCACUGUAUUAUUUUCAAAGGGUCACACCCUCACAGGUGUGCUGAAUCUUGGUCAGGUGGGUUGCUGACUCUCCACAUACGAGAGUCAGUUUUCAACUUCUGACUGAGUCUGGGCAUGAGAUUCAAGACCUUAACACCAGCUGUGUUCAUGUAGCUGGAUGACAAUCUUUACUGUAGGCUGGGUGUGCAUGCAUGUAUCACAAUCUCAUUUGUAUGCCUUGCCCUGUAGGCUAUGGAUUGACUUAUAGAUUGAGAAUGAUUUUGGAUUUGGAACUGUGGCUCUCUUGCAGGGAUAUAGUCCACUGUUAAGAUUGUGACUCAUGUACUUGGAACCAACUCAAAUUAGAUCUCUUGACUUUUGUACAUGAAGUCAGAAAAUGUGUGGAAUUUUGAAUCUCAUUUCUACACCUUCUUGCUGUGUUACUGUGACAGGUACCUUUGCCCAGUGUCUGAGUGAUUUGAUUAUCCUGCCUAAGUAAAGCUGUCAAAAUAAAAUUGUGAUAUAUACCUGGGCCAGGCAUUUAAAUUAUUUUGCUUUCCUGCAUUGGCCUUGUCCUCAGGAAAAAAUUCAACAUAUCAAUGGUCCUAUAACCUAGGUUACAUAAUCAUCCGCUUCUGCCUGGGCCAUACCAACAGAGAUGGUUGUAGCAUAUAACUGAGCCAAUCACCUAAGUGGACUUUGCUCUUUUGUGUGGGCUUUGCCACAGUGCGGGUUGUGACUUAUAACUGAGCCCUAUGCAUAAAUGAUAUGACUCUCCUGCCUUGGCCCCUCCAAAAGGAGGCAUUGUGAUAUAUCAAUAGGCUCAUCAACUAAGUACUGUGACUCUCCCCUCUUACCUGAGCCUUGUCCACAGGGUGACAUAUUACUGUGCCCUACAGAUAAAUAAUGUGUCUUUCCUGCAUGAACCUGACCAAUGAAGGCAUGGAGACACACUGCUGGGCCCAAUACCUAGGUUAUGUGACUUUUCUGCCAUGGCCUUGCCCACAGAGGGGAUAUCCACAUGUUUUUGGUGCAGCAUUCAGGUGAUCUGAUUAUCUUUUCUGCACUAUUCACACAGGCUAAUUUUGACAUAUAGUUUUCCGAGCUCACAGACAUUACAAUUACACUCAUAUGAGAACCCAGAUAAUAGGAUGAUUUUGAGGCUCUUAGCUAGACAUCAGGCAGUAGGUAAAGUCCUGGGUUUCCUACUUUUAGAAGGGUCACAGUGAUGUAUGAAAUUCAUACGUUUUCUAUAAACACUUUUUGUGCUACAGAGAAUUUAAUAACACGGCUGAGCACACAGGUGAGAUUGUGACUCUCACAGGCACACCAAGCCAACAAUUAGGAGUGUCACUUCCAAACCUAAAAGAAACACACUGGUGAGCUUCUGGACCUCACAUGCAGAUAGAGUCCACAGUUAAAAGUCUGACUGCCAUGCGUACAUCUGGAAACAGGUUGAACAGUGACUGAUUUCUGGACCCAACUCAGAGGCACAGUGAUUAGUUGCAUACCUGGACCUAGCCAACAGGAGAGAUGUUGACUCUCAUAGGUAGCCUUAAAGCAAUGGGCAAGGUCCUGGGCUUUCUACUUGUAUGAAGGUCAUGGAAGAUUACAAAACUCAUGCAUAGUGUAUGGCCCCUUCUGGUGGUACAGGGAGUGUCAUAACAGAUCCCAGUACAAAGCAAAAUUUGUGAUCCUCAUAGUUGUACCCAAACACAAGAGAACUGUCACUUCCACACAUGAACAGAGACCACAAGUGAGGUCCUGAGUAUCACAUGUGCAUACUCUCCACAGUUCAAAUUGUGACUGUCAUACCUGAAUCUGGCCAGAGGUAGGAUGGUGACUUCUUUCUGCACCCAACUUGCAGGCACAGUGAGAACUGUCAUGUCUGAACCUAGCCAAUAAGAGAGAUGUUAGCUCUCAUUCCUGUGCUUAUGACAGUGAAUAAUAUCAUGAGUUCAUACCAGCACGUAGAUCUCAGUGUGGACUGUGACUUUCAAGCAUAUCAUAGAAAGCCCUCAGGUGGCACCAAGUGUGUGAUAACAGGGCCCAGUUUACAGGUGAGAUAGGGAUCCUCAUAUGCAAACCCAGUUUACAGUAAGGAUUUUCACCCUCUUAAACAGACACAGCCCAUUGUUCAGGUUCUGAAUCUCACACUUUGAGGCAGCUAAAAGUUGGAAUUGUGAGUCUCAUACAUGGAUCAGGUUCACAGAUGAGAUAAUGACUCUCAGACCAAGACACAUCACACCUCUGAGGCUGUGACUCUACUACUAAGACACAAUCUGAAGCUUGAAUUGAGGUUCCCAGGCACCAAUCUAUCCCAAUACCUAGAUUCAGAUUCUGACUCACAUAAAUGAACUGAACACACAGGAGGUGCUGACUCAUCCUUAGAGCUGGACAUGUUUGGGAUUUUUUAUCUCAUCCCUGGACUUUUGUGGAAGUGUGAUUGUGACAUAUGCUUUUGCCCAUAUCCUGAGUGAUAUUUGUUUUCUGACUGGGCCCAGCCCACAGAUAAAAUUGUGACGUAUACCAAGGCCACGCACCAAGGUAAUAUGACUGUCCUCAUCGGCCUGAACCUGUCACUUCGAAGUGGUUAUUACAUAUUUCUGAAUACAACAUCUGGUGAUGUGACUCUCCUCUUGUGUCAAGGCUUUGAGCACAAAGACUGUGACAUAUCACUGGGCCCAGCACCUAGAUAAUGUGCUUGUUCUGCCUUAAUUCUCCCCACAGGGAACAUAAUGACAUAUUUUUUAGUCAAUCACCUGGGUGAAGUAGUGUUCUCUCCUGCCUGGGCCUCAGCAUCAGAAGAACAUGUGGCAUACUGCUGGACACAGCACCCAGGUGAUUUGGGUCUUCUCUGCUCCCUGAUCUUUGCCAGUAGUGGGGAUUGUGAACUACUGCUUAACCCAGCACCUAAUUUUUCUGACUCACUUCUUUUGCUAAAUCCUAAAAGCAGUGGGAAUUGCAACAUAUUGUGGGAAGCAGCAACUAGGUGAUGUGACUCUCCUCUCUUGCCUGGGCCCUGCCCACAUUGGGCAUUGUUACAUAGUGCUGAGUUCAUCACCUAAGUAACAUUAUGGUUCUCCUCUGCUUGGGACCUGUCGAUAUGAAGGAUUGUCGGAUAUCACCAGGACCAGAACCCAGCUGAUAUGCCUCUUUUUCCCUGAUCCUGCUUUCAGUGCAGAUUGACAUAUUCCUGUCCUAGCAUCCAGGUGAGGUGACUCUUCUGCCUGAUCUCUCCCUACAGGUGGGAUUGUGACAUACACUUGGGCUCAGCUCACUGGUGUAAUAAUGACAAUUAUACCUUAAUCCAGCAAAUAGGAGAGACACUGACAUUUUUCCUAGUCUUAGGGCAAUGUGUGAGGUCUGGCUGUUUCUAGUACAAAGGUCAGAGAAAAUUACAAUACUCAUGCAUAUUUUAUAAGGCUUUCGGUUGGUACAGAAAAUGUCAUAACAGGGCUCACACGUGAGACUGUGACUCUCAUAUGCACACCCAGCCAACAGUCAGAAUUUUAACUUACACACAUGUAAAGGUCUCAAAUCUCACCUGUAAAUGCAGUUUGCAGUUAGAAUUGUGACUUUUUAGGAGGCAGCCACAGGUAGAAUGGUGACUGACUUCUGAAUGCAACUGACAGGCACACUGACGACUCUCAUUCCUGGAUACAGCAAAGUAGACACAGGUUGGCUCUCAUACCUGGGCUUAGGGCAACAGGUAAAGUCAUGUGUCACACCAGCCCAAAAUCCUCAGAACAGAUUGUGACUCUCAUGCAUGUCAUAUAAAGCCUAUGGGUGAUACAGAAAAUGUCAUAACAGUGCCAAUUACACAGGUGAGAUUGUGAUCCUUAAAUGCACACCCACCCAAAACUAAGAAAGUAAGAGUUGUGACUCUCCCACAAGGACAUACCUUACCUUUGAGGUUUGAAGCUGAUACCCAGAGGCAGCUGAAAGUUAAAAU